CACAACGAGCGGCCAGCGUGCGAGGAAAAGACUCUCGGCGAAUUUCCAGGCGGUUUUGCAAGAGAAAGGCUGUAUACUGGCUAGGCUUGUUCCAAAAGCAAGACUCAGUAUGACGACCAUCCACUGGUUUAGGAAAGGAUUACGUCUCCAUGAUAACCCUGCUUUACUAGCAGCUAUUGAUGAGAGUAAGGAAUUGCGGCCAGUGUUUGUGCUUGACCCCUGGUUUGUAAGAGAAAGUCGCACAGGUGUCAACCGAUGGCGUUUCUUGGCACAAACGCUAGUUGACCUGGACACAAGUCUCAAGCAGCUUGGCUCUAGGCUAUUUGUUGUUCGAGGGAAGCCAGAAGAAGUCUUUCCCAAAUUAUUUAAAGAAUGGAAUGUAGAGAAAAUGACAUGGGAAGUGGACACGGAACCUUAUGCUCGCGUUCGGGAUGAAAAGAUUGAGAAAUUGUCAAAGGAACAUGGUGUGAAAGUUGUAUGCAAAGUGGGACACACAUUGUAUGACACUGAAAAAAUUAUCAGAACAAACCUUGGGAAAACACCGAUGACUUUUCAAGGACUGGAGGGCGUGUUGAAGAAAAUAGGACCACCACCGAAAGUUGUUGAUAAGCCCACCAGUCUCCCCGAGGGAUGUAAGAUCAGCUCAGAAGUAGCAGCUGAUCCUAAAUAUGAUCCCCCUACUCUGAAAGAUCUAGGUGUGGUGGAGAGUGACCUGGAGCCUUGUCUGUACCCUGGAGGUGAGACGGAGGCUCUUAAAAGGCUUGAAAAAUACAUGGAGCGGAAGUCCUGGGUUCGUAGCUUUGAAAAGCCCAAAACCUCGCCCAAUUCACUGCAGCCAAGUACAACUGUCCUCAGCCCAUAUCUAAAGUUUGGUUGCCUCUCAUGCAGAACUAUGUACUACAGGUUACUUGAGGUUUUUGGGAGUAGGCCUUCACAGAUUGCACAAGAGUCACUCUUAGGACAACUCACCUUUCGAGAAAUGUUCUACACAGUUGGAGCAACAACUGCAAAUUUUGACCAGAUGGAAGGGAAUUCAAUUUGCAGACAAAUCCCCUGGAAGAGAGAUGAGAAGAUGCUGGAGGCUUGGGAAUAUGGUAAGACUGGAUUCCCUUUCAUAGAUGCAAUCAUGACACAGUUACGCAAAGAAGGUUGGGUCCACCACUUGGCCCGACAUGCUGUGGCUUGCUUCCUAACAAGGGGUGACCUGUGGCAGCCCUGGGAGGAUGGCAUGAAGGUAUUUGAAGAGUUGCUGCUCGAUGCAGACUGGUCGCUAAAUGCUGGAAAUUGGAUGUGGCUUUCGGCAUCUGCUUUCUUCCACCGCUACUUCCGUGUAUACAGCCCUAUUGAGUUUGGCAGGAAAACAGAUCCUCAUGGUGAUUAUAUCAGAAAAUACAUUCCAAAGUUGAAAAAGUUCCCUGACAACUAUAUCUAUGAGCCUUGGAAAGCACCCCUCAGUGUGCAGAAGGCAGCAGGUUGCAUCAUAGGCCAAGAUUAUCCAAGGCCCAUCGUUGACCAUCAGAAGGCCCGGGAGGAGAACCUGAAGCGCAUGGGACAAGCCUAUCAAGCAGGCAAACAAAAACAAGCACCAACAAAGAAUGGGCCUCCGGCCAAGAAGAAAAAAUAGAGACCUAGAAGCUUCAUCUCUUCAGAGGUUAAUUGAGGUGACAUGAAUAUCAUGACAGUCUUCCCUUAUACUAGGAAAGAUUGCUUUAUUAUGUUGGAGAUACUCUUACCAAAAAUAGAAGAUCUGUUCUUGUUAAUUCAUUAGUGUUUUCUUUUUCUGCAAAUUGCAGACUAAAUCAAAAUCUAGAUUUAGGUGACAUAAUUUAAGGAAAAUUGGAAGGGUCUUAUGGAAUAAUUUUCACUGUUAUGACAGGGUCUUUUUUGAACAAUUAGGGUGACCCUAACCCAAAGUGUACAAGAGAAUGUGUUCACUGUAGUAUUGUUUUGUGAAAUCUCUGCACAGAGAUAGCUCUGCCAAUGUUUUGACAUCUCUGUGUAAAUAAGAUUAAUAAAUUGAACUUAGUGGGCAUGACAUGUGUGUACAUGCCAUCCCUAGUGGCUUCAGGUUAAUUAUAACCCAUGUGAUGGGUUGCAAAAGAAGUGCUUUGUGAAAUUGGGAAAUUCUUUCAGACUAUUCUCAAAAGAGGCAGGGGAAAGUACUUAUUGAUGUAUUCUAUCCUUUGUACAAAGUAAUCCUCAGGGGUUUCAUUAUUUUGGUUAUUUACGUGUUAAUGUAUUGUUUUACUUCGUACUUUUUUGUUAUUUCUA